AUGGACCACAUGCAGUUUUUAAUGGUCCGCGCCAACGAGGCCGACGAGAAUAUCAGCGGCCAUGCGCUCAUGGCAACGGCACCUCCCGAUGCGCAUAUCACGAAUUGCCCCGAGGAGAAGUAUCCACAUCAGAUGCCGGACGUCAAGAUGCCGGAUUUGAUGAAACUACUCGAUCUCAGCAAUCGUCUGCCCCUUGAUGGGGAAAUCACGCCUAUCAUGGCCUGGGCGAAGAUCCUCCAAGACGAAUGCUUCAGGGAUCUUUCCAAAGAGGACAUUGAGCUCGUGAAGAAGGAGCUCCUUGCCAAAGUCCGCUGCUACGGCUUUGGCGCAGUCCUCGAGGAGUUCGAAGUCAGCGACGCCCUGAUGACAGUUCUUGCUAGCAAAUACUCCAAUGGUCCCACGCCAGCAUAA